AAGCAGGGCGCUUUUGUUACAGCUAGAGGGAGGGAGAUAGCUAGAAUAAAAUAUAUAGGAGCCAAAUUUCCCCAGGUCGGUCUUGCAUCCUGCAAAAAAACCGGGCCUCUCCCGAAUCUACGGCUACAAUACUAGCUACUAUGGAGACCAAGAUCGGACAGAGCGUGUAGUCCCCGUUCAAAAAAAACAUUACCGUCGGAGAGUUGAGAAACGACGAAGCACAUUAUCGCUGCUUUCUUGAAAUCGUUCUAUGAUAGUGCAUUUGUGUGAACAGAAGCAGGGAUCUAAUAUUUGGCAUUUGUUUAGAAUGGAACACGCUGAAGGCCCUGUACGAAAAAGGGAAACCUAAGGAUGCUGGAGCAGAACAAUGGAUUUCUCCUUUUCUUUCAUGCAACGGAUCAUGGGAAACACAAUUCAGCAACCCCCCCAGCUCAUUGACUCCGCCAACAUCCGUCAGGAGGACGUGUACGAUGCCGUCAGCGACCCUGGCGACGACGCCAGCGGCCCCCCCUCCUACGAGGCGGCCCUGGAGCCCGGCUUCACCUACCCUCCCGAAGACGUGCCGGUGGUCGGCAACGGCUACCCAGCUGCCGUGAGUGCGUACGACCCCCAGGCCAAGUUUGCGUUGUACUCGCAGUUCCCUAACGGCUCGGCCAAUGGUUACGGUGCAAUCCGCGGCUACAGCGAGCACAGCAUGCUGCUCGGGGAAGGGACGACGGUCCUUAGACCGCCGGUGGUGCAGGAGAAACCCCCGACACACCUCUCCUCGCCUCCACCGCCCCCUCCCCCUCCCCACCUGAGCCUUCAUCACCACCAGCCCCAACAUCACCACCAUCCUCAUCCUCAUCCUCACCCUCACCUUCAUCACACCCAGAACGUGCCUCUGAUGCCCACCCAGCAGCAGCAGCACCACCACCACCCCACCACCAUCCACCCCCUCCACCUCUCAUGACUCCCGUCUUGCCCCCCACCUCCCCCCUUGCAGAUGCCCUCCUCUCCCCCUCUCCUCUCCACCCACGACAGCAGCUGCAGCAGCAGCGGUGGCGGUGGUGGUGGAUCCGCCGACUCCAGUCCUCUCCAGCCCGGCAUCGUCCUUCCCAAAAAGACCAACUCUCCCGAGAUCAAGCUCAAGAUCAUCAAGACGUACCAGAACGGGCGCGAGCUCUUCGAGUCAGCGCUGUGCGGCGACCUGCUGCAGGAGUUCCAGGCGGGGGAGGCCUCGCGCCGACGCCACGAGCAGAAGAAGGAGAAGAGGAAACGGAGGAGCGGGCGGCAGAGCCUCCACUCCGAGCACGAGCCCCCGCCGUUCACCAAGGCAGCGGUAGGAGGAGGAGGGAGGGUAGGAGGCCCCGAGGUGACCGUCUCCACUCCCCCUCUGGAGAGACGCGUCGUCGCAUCAAAGGACGAACCGCUGGCGCGGAUUAUCAGAAGCCCCAAAGCAGAGGCGAAGGAACAGAAAAUUGAGAAGCACUUUCCCACUGUCAUCACUGGCACGGGCUGCUGUAAGGAGUUUGAUAUCGGGGACUUGGUGUGGGCCAAGGUGGGCACCUACCCCUGGUGGCCCUGUAUGGUGUCCUGCGAUCCCCAGAUCAAGGUCCACACGCGCAUCAACACGCGAGGUCAUCGGGAGUACCACGUGCAGUUCUUCGGCAGUGUUCCGGAGCGGGCCUGGAUCCACGAGAAGAGGGUGGUCCAGUACCAGGGCCAGGCCCAGUUCGAGGAGCUUCAGGCGGAUACGCUCCGCAAGAGCACCAACCCCAUCGAGAGACAGAAGCUGUUGAAGCCUCAGUCCCAGCGGGAGCGUACCCAGUGGGAGGUGGGCGUCGGCCACGCAGAGGCGGCCCUGUUGAUGACCAACGAGGAGCGCAACGAGAACUACACCUUCAUCUACGUGGACAAGGAGCCCGGCGGAACGCCGCCCGGCACCGCGGGCUCUGCCUCCGCAUCCACAUCCGCAUCCGCCUCCACCGGCCGACCGCGAAAGGUCGGCAAACCGGAACGCAAGGUCCGGGCGGCUCCUGGCCGGACCGGGCGAGAGGAGGAGGCGGGAGGAGGUGCAGGAGGAGCAGGAGGCGCAGGGGGAGGCCCUCGGCGACAGCAGCCCCGCAGGCAGUGCAGCAUGACCAGCGGAGAGGAGCAGUCCUCCCCUAGCCGCCGGCGCAGCGAUGGGGACGAGGAGGAAGAGGAGGACGAAGAGGAGGAAGAUAACGAAGAGGAGGAGACUGAGUCUGGCGUGCGACGCGGCCCGCGCCUCAGGGGCUCUCCCGGGCGGGACGUCUCGCACCCCCAGAGCGGGAGCAGCCCGGCGACGGCCUCGGGGGUGACCGCGGCGUCCUCCUCGUCGUCGUCGUCCCCGGCACCGGUCAAGACGGCGUGGAAAACGGCAGCGGCCCGGAAGCUGCUUCCGCUGUCCAUCACCAUGAAGAAGCUCAACGUGGAGAUCAUCAAGUGCGACUGGCAGUUGCCCAAAGAAAAACUGCUGCUGCCGCCCAAGCAGGUCGACAAGGAGGAGGAGGAAGAGGAGGAGGAGGAAGAGGGGAGGCGCGGAGAGCAGAUGCCCUCUCCAGAGGCUAAAGAUGGACGCCUAUGUCGUUGUCUAACUAGCAAAACUUUAGAACCACCAAGCUGCACCAAGCGGUUAGCACCAGUUAAUUACUCUUCACAUCCUCAUGUUCCCACAAAGGCAGAGACUGCACCUCAGAUGGAUUUGAGGACGGGGUUCCAGAAAGGAGCCAGUGAGAUCUCGGACUCCUGCAAGCCGCUGAAGAAACGCAGUCGAGCGUCGACCGACGUGGAGAUGGCGAGCUCGCUCUACCGUGACACGUCCGACUCUGACUCGCGAGGACUCAAUGAUCCACAGAUGGGAUUUGGGAAGCGCUCGGACAGCCCCACCAAUCUGGAUGCGGACGGGUCAGACUCCCAGUCGGUGGACUCCAACCUGUCUGGACAGGGCGGCAGCUCGUCCAAGAGGGAGAACGUCUGCCAGAAAUGUGAGUCCUUCGGUGACUCCCUGGUGUGCUGUGAGGGCGAGUGCAACAGACUCCUGCACCCAGAAUGCCUUGGGGCCGGCUCAGACGGCGAGCCCAUCUGCCAGGAGUGUAAAACAGGUUCGCAUGCGUGUUUCUCCUGUAAGGUGGCGGAGGGAGAUGUACGGAGGUGUGCGGUGUCCGGCUGCGGCCGCUUCUACCACGAGGCCUGUGCCAGGAAGUACCCGGGCACCGCUGUGGACCCGCGCGGGCUGCAGUGCCCCCAGCACAGCUGUGCCACCUGCUGUCUUGAGAGGGACCUGCAGAAGGCCAGUACAGGCCGUCUGAUGCGCUGCCUCCGCUGCCCGGUGGCCUAUCACACGGGAGACGGCUGUGUGGCGGCCGGCUGUGUGAUGGUCACUCCUCACCUCAUGGUGUGCAGCAACCACUCGAGCGCACGGCGGAACGGCCACCUCUGCUCACCGGUAAACGUAGGCUGGUGUUUCCUCUGUGCUCGAGGCCUUGUAGUGCACGACCUCACUGACCGCAUUUUAAGCUCAUAUACCUUUAAGUCUCACUUCCUUCUGACUGAGUCAAAUCGUGCUGAGUUGAUGACAUUACCUAUGAUUCCUUCUUCUUCGUCAGCUACCCAAAAGAAUAUUGGCAAAGGAGGAAGACUGCUGUGUUGCGAGGGCUGUCCGGCGGCCUUCCACCCCGAGUGUCUGAAUGUGGAGAUGCCCGAGGGGGUGUGGCUCUGCAGUGAGUGCAGAACAGGCAAGAAGCCGCACUACAAGCAGAUCGUCUGGGUCAAGCUGGGCAACUACCGGUGGUGGCCGGCUGAGAUCUGCAACCCCCGUCUGGUGCCGACCAACAUCCAGACGCUGAAGCAUGACGUCGGCGACUUCCCUGUCUUCUUCUUCGGUUCCCACGACUACUACUGGAGCAACCAGGGCAGAGUGUUCCCCUACGUGGAGAGCGACAGGAACUACGCCGAGGGCCAGGUUGGCAUCAACAAGACCUUCAAGAAAGCGCUUGAGGAAGCUGCCAGGAGGUUUCAGGAGCUGAGAGCGCAGAGGGAAACUAAAGAGGCCCUGGAACAGGAGCGCAACUCCCGAAGACCCCCACCUUACAAACUCAUCAAGUCCAACAAGCCGGUGGGGAAGGUGCAGCUCCACGUGGCCGACCUGUCUGAGAUCCCGCGCUGUAACUGCCGUCCGUCAGACGAGCGCCCCUGCAGCCAGGACUCGCAGUGCCUGAACCGCAUGCUGCAGUACGAGUGCCACCCGCAGGUCUGCCCAGCCGCCGACCGCUGCCACAACCAGAGCUUCUCCCGACGCCACUACCCCGUCACUGAAGUCAUCAAGACCCAUGAUCGCGGCUGGGGCCUCAAAACCAAGCAGGACCUCAAGAAGGGGGAUUUUGUGAUGGAGUAUGUCGGGGAGCUGAUCGACUCCGAGGAGUGCCGUCAGCGAAUCCGCCACGCCCACGAGAACCAUGUGACCGACUUUUACAUGCUCACACUCACCAAGGAUCGGGUGAUCGAUGCUGGACCCAAGGGGAACGUAGCGCGCUUCAUGAACCACAGCUGCAGCCCCAAUUGCGAGACACAGAAGUGGACAGUGAAUGGGGAAGUGCGGAUCGGCCUGUUCACCCUCUGCGACGUCCCUGCAGAUACAGAGCUGACCUUCAACUAUAACCUGGACUGUCUGGGGAACGGCCGGACAUCGUGCCACUGCGGGGCAGAGAACUGCAGUGGGUUCCUCGGAGUUCAACCCAAGAGUGCGGUGGUGAGGGAGAAGGAGGAAAAAGUGCGGAACUCCAAGGUGAAGCCGCGGAAGCGGAAGCUGAAGCCGGAGAGCCACGAGUACCGCUGCUUCUGCUGCGGCGAGGGCGGCGAGCUGGUCAUGUGCGACCGCAAGGACUGCCCCAAAGCCUACCACGUGCUCUGCCUCAACCUGACCACACCACCCUAUGGGCGAUGGGAGUGUCCGUGGCACCAGUGUGACGUGUGCCAGCGCGUCUCGAGCGUCUUCUGUGACUUCUGCCCCACGUCGUUCUGCCGCGAUCACGAGCGGGGCGGCCUGGUGCCCUCAGCCCUGCAGGGCCGCCCCUGCUGCCCCAAGCACAACCCUCAGCGGCCCCUGGACGAAGGGCACGCCAAGGUCAAGAUGGAGGAGGAAGAGGAGGACGAGGAGGAGGAGGAGGAAGAAGAGGAAGAGGAGGAGGAAGAGGAGGAAGAACAGCCAGAGUCACCUGAGGAACCGGCCGAGUGAGCCGGACCAAUGGAAGAAGAGUUUGAGGGCGAGAGAGAGAAGAAAGAGAAGAGAGAGAGAUCAGACGCUGAGGCCACAGCUGAGGCUGCGAAACAUAAGCUUACUUUGCCAGCGUAAGCAGAGAAGGCUGGAGACUCGUCUGUUUUCGUUUUCCCUUUUUAUACAUCACAUGGACACACCCUCUUCUCUCAGACACACACACACACUUUUCCCUCAGCAUUGCAUGUGACCGCUGUUCUUUUUUUAAGUGUUCCUUUUCUGUAGGCAGUGGGAAGUCCUAGACUGUUAUCUCCUUCAUUCUGCCUGUACGGCCGAUGGUUUUCGUUUCCUCCAGCGGAUCUCCAGCCUCGCUUCAAGCCUCGUUGUCGAACGGUUGGCUCUCGGUCUGUGGACCUGGCUAAUGAUUCUCCAUAUGGUACCAACGACCCAAGAACUUUAUUUUCUGUACCUCAUGUAAAUACCGGGCUCAAAUAGGUAGACUGGGGCCGAGAACACUCUCGAUUCAGAACCCCACAGAUCAUGCCACAUUUCAAAACAUUUACCCACGGUGGGAACAUAUCGUACGCCAGAUCAAACCAUGACAAAGACUUUGUUUAAUAAUGUCUCCUCAUCCCACUUUGUGAUUUUUCAAAUACAUAUAUAUCUAUAUAUUAAUAUAUUUAUAUGUCUAUGUUUACAUUAACACACAAUGUAUUGUUACUACAGUAUACUAGUCCAUUUGAUAUCACUGUUGUUGCGUAUUCUCAUUGUAUGUGAUCUUAACAUUUGUUCGUUGGGUAUUUGCUUUUCUCGUUUUGACUGCCUAAAUAGGCACUUGGCUCUGCAUUUGGCACAUGACUUUCUGCUUCGCUACCAAUGUGUAUCACUUGAAGACGUGAAUCGAUCACGUGGAGAGGAACGAGGAGGUCUACAGUGGAACCUUUAGAACCGGUAAAAGCUGGUGAAGAGGACCCAAAGAAGAACCUGCCUUUGGUUCUCUUUUUGGGACAGUUCCGGCUCUAGGAUGCGAAUGUGAAGUAGCAUUUGCGUCAUUUAUAGUUGUUUUUAAAUUUUUUUAAUUAUUACUAUUUCUGUAAUUAAUAUCAUUUUCAAGUGACCUAUUUGGGCUUGCUAUGGAGCCCAUUUGAUUACAUAUCUUGUUUUUGUUGUCUAAAGUAAAAAAAAAAACACCCACAUUUGCCCUCUGUAGAUGUUUUUGACACUGCCAUCCGAAUCCUAGAAGAAGCCUUACUGAAAAUCACUUCUUUCACGCAUUGUUUAAACUCUCCUUAUGAUAUUGCACAGGUGCCAAUAGAAAGGUCUACCACCAGGAUUCACCUUGCUCAGAAGAACAGCACUAUCUCCAAUUGUAAUAGCUGUGAUGCCUCUGAUUUUGUUUUUAUUUAUUUUAUUUUUUAAACUGUAGUUCAUACUUUAUGAUUUGUACGUCAGGUGUGGUUCACCAGUGAGUUUUAUUAUGUAAAUAUUACCUGAAUCAUCUGUAUUUUAUUUUAUUUAGAACUUGACGACCAUUUCGGUUACAUACAAAGAAGCUGUACGAUAAAGGUGUUGUGUGUUUUUUUUUUUUUUUUUUUUUUUUUUUUUAUACCUACCUAUAUAUUCUUAUGUGCCCGCCCGGGAUCUUCUCCAGAUAUUCUUCCCACCGUGCUCCACACAGUAUUCAAGUGCGCUCCUCUGUGAAGCCACGCCGUUGUCUUAAUCGUACUAUUGACCACCAGGAAAGCCUGGCCAGGCCCAUCAGUGGACAGGCUUGGGGAGGGUCACUAGGGUGGGACUUGCAGAGCAGCAUAGUGUAGCAUCUUUCUGUGACUCCUCCUCUUCCUUCGUGUCCACAAGAGCCAAUCUCAGUAGUGUUCAUAGGCCAUGGCAGUGGUUUUCAAAAACAGCCAAAAAAAAAAAAUGGAAAAUUGCCUUGCCUAUGUGUUGGACUUAGCUGCUAGCUGCUGUGAUGUGAAGUACCGUGUUGUGCUGGUCCAAAAACUCAUUUGUUUACCAGUAAGCUGUGCCCAUUGUGAGCACUGUUUUAAGACCAGGAAUGGGAUAGAAGUUGUGUUACUAUGGCGUUGACCUGUGACCUUGUUUUUUUUUUUUUUUUUAGGGUACUGCUGCACCAUGGACAAGGCCCAGAGUAGUCAUUUUUACCUGACCGUGUUCCAGUGUUCUAAGAGAAUUAUAACAUAUUCACUCCACCAGGCUGUUCCAUUGCGUUAUCGAGAGGAAAGCGAUGCUGGCCGGGGUUACUUGAAAUGUGUUUGUGUUCAUAUUCUUUAUCUUGCUUCUGGUCAGCGGCAGAGUUUGGACACCACUUGGUUCGAAAUGCAUGGUUGUAGGCCGUGGCAUUGGCGUGGCAUGUUUUUGACAAAGGGAAUCGCAUUAACGUCAGCUAUGAGGGGACGGUGCCCUGUUGCUAUGGUGAGAUGCGUGGGACACGUGACAUUGUACUGCUACCAGCCUUGUACGCUUUUUUGGGUUUGUUUGUUUGUUUAUUUGUUUGUUUGUGUUCUUUUAUUUUAGUCUCACAAGAAGUGCACCAAUCAGCACUUUCACUUUGUUCACAUUUCUGGCCUUUCAGUAUUUUUUUUUUUUAAAUGUGCUUUAAUUGUAAUGCUACAGAGUCUAACUGUACAAUUUAAGAGUAUGCUCUAAGAGUUUUCCAUAGAAAUCAAUAGGCACUUUCAGUAAAUACCAUUGACAUUUCCCUCCAUGAAUAAUUUGAUUCUGGGGGAAUCAAAUUAACAUUCAGACUUUUUAGUAUAGUUAUGUUUUAAAGAAAAAAUCUUCUAGUGGUAAAGGAAAAGAGUUUUAUUUUCUUCUUUAAAGUGAGGCUGUUCUGUGCGAGACCCCUGUAUGAAACUGUUAACGGUUCCACGGUUCUCAAAGGGUUCCUCAGACUGCCAUAGCAAUGCCUUUUAAGUAAAAGUAUCUUUCAUUGACACCAUAGCAUAUACCAAACUGAUGAGGUUUUCAGCUGCCAAACAGAUCCAGUGACAAUGACCUCGAGGGGUUUGGAGUAUUAAGCUUGACCUAGCAGUAGUAUCAACAAUAGGAGAAAUCUAGCCAAAAUCUGUUUGCUGACAUCAGUAUUGCCAUGAGUUCCUUUCACAUACAGUACGUCAUUCAUUCACUCUAGUCUUAAUUUAGACACCCACACAGUAUUGAGAGUAAAGAUCGAUGUCCUACAUUUUUCUGUUUAUUAAUGUCUUGCUUAUGUGUGCACCAUACAUACAUCUUUUUGAUGUGUGUGUAUGUGAGAGAAAGAGAGAGAGAGCGAGAGAAAGUGACCGGUUAGUCAAAAGCAUCUUUUGCAAUUCCAUACUGGUGACCAGUAUUAGAGUUGCUAUUAGGAGUCGAAAAAAGGUGAAAUUGUCUCACCAGCUCCACUGAAAUAUUAUUUGUUUUCAUGUGUUCAUUUCACAUUCCUUUGAGAAAGACUGUUUACUAAAUCUUGCAACUGGACAAAACUAGUUUCUGUUUUGUGUAUUGUAUGUUUUGUGUCGGUGUAAAUGUCACCACAAACAUUGGAUUGAAGUAUACGCUCCAUCUGAAUAAAAAAGUAUCAUACACGAUAUGGCUUGGGUAGUAUGAAUGUCCUCUCCCAGUUUUAUAAAAUGAUAUACUCAUGAAUAGAGUUUUUUUGGCUAUAGUACUUAGCCCAUGUACUUGCAUUGUGUAAGAGAAUGAUGCUUGUCCAAUUGUAUAUAUUAGAUGGCAACAAAUCCAACUGUCAUUCUAUUGUAGUGUCAACAGAAUGCCUGUAACAUAUUGCUUCUGAAUGUUUGUGACGGUAUAGGAACAUUUUGUACAUUCCUUUUAUCUGUAAAAUUUUUAUUUGACUAACGUUAUUUCUGAGAUGUUUUUUCUUCAGAAUCCAUAGAAUAUUCUGAGAGUACUUUAAGUAACAUUCCACAGAUUUACUCGGUAUCAGACAUGCCUGGUUUGACUUCAAUAAAACUGUUCUGAAUGUU